CAAAGAAAAAAGUGAGCACCCAGCCAGCCCUGAGAGUCGUAUUCUGCACCUGGUAGACGUCCUUAUCGCCUCUUCCCCAGAGAAGCCUUUGCUUCUGGGACUGAUGCCUCAGCUCUCAGGCCUCUGUGCAGAACGGGCUCUCUUCAGGGCCUCCUCCUUCACAGAGUCGCGGACGCUUUGCUUUCUGCAAGGGAGGACCAUGCGGAAGGGCUGAGUGCUCCAGUGCGAGGGCUGCUGGGGCACUGUUGACCAGAAAGUGCAAUGCGGCUGUGUGGUACGGGGGUGGCCACUGCAUGGCCCUUUGCUGACAGGCACCGGUGCCGUGAAGGCUGGGGGCGCACAGCAGGGAUGCGGCAGUGUGCGUCCCAGGCAGGACGGGCGUUGGCCUUGCCGCUCCAGACGCUGAGGGAGCCCCUUAGGAUGGAAGUGACUCGCACUUGUGCUUUUGAGGCCCAGCCCUUUGAAUGCCACUGGUUCCUGGAGUGUCUGUGACCUGUCACUGCUGCCAAAUGCCUGAGGCUGGGGGGCCUGACCCCUGUUUGCUUUCCCUUAUCCAGUCCAUCUGCAGAUUCUGUCACUUUGAUCCCAAAAUAUACAAGCAGCUCCCCUAUUGUCCGGCUGCCCUCCACUGUGUGGACUCCUGAUCGCUCGCCGCGGCCUCACCAUCCCUUCCCUGCACAGCAGCCACGUGGGUGACCCAGAGCGCUCCACUGCCCUCCCGGCCCCGCCGUGGCUCUGUCCUGCCGUCCUGUGCUUGCUGUGUCCCUGGCACCCCACCGGUACUCUCCCCCGCUGCGUUGUGCCCUCCUUGCACUUCCUGGUCCUGGCAGAACCGCUCCUUUGUCACUCGCCUCUCAGCCUCUGCCUUCACCAGCCAUCAGUCACUCGGGCCAGGGCGGGGUCACCGGACAGGUGCAUGUUCUGCCUCAGCCCUCAGAUCAGGGCGUACUCAGUGGUCCCUGAGCUGCCUGAGGUCAGACAGCCCCGCAGGAGGAAGCGGUGGGUUUGUGGGGAAGCCUUGAGGGGCAUGCAGCUUUCUUGGCCCCCUCAUGGGAGCAUGCCCCCUCUGGGCUCUGUGUCUCUGGGAUCAUAACCUCCCGCUUCCCAUCCCCGCGGUGGAGGGGCAGGGCUUCCCAUGCAUCCGAACUUGUGUCUUCCCUGAUAGUCCAGAGCAAGACCCUGUGGGGGGCUGGCGAGGAGGGCACUCGCUUCCUGUUUUGUUGUCCAGGGAACUGGUGGGCCUGUGUUGUGGUGGUACGUGAGUGCCCGCGUGUCACAGUGUGUGUGGCCACCCAUGUGUGAGACAGUCUCGGUUGGAGCUGGCCAGGCAGGCCAGGCUGUGGUCAUGCUGGCUUCAUGCCACCCCCUGCCCUCUCCAUGCAAUGCCCACAGCCGUGUGUGCCUGCAAGGGCUGGUGUCCUGCUUUGCAGGUGACCCAGGAAGGGCUGGUUUGUGGUCACGCAGAGUGGUGGGUGCCUGGGCCCGUGCAUGACGCUGCUGCUAGUGGCUCUGGCUAGGCUCAGCUGAGCCUCAGGGCUGGAAUGGGUGCAGGCCGGCCCACUGGGUCAGUGGUGACUGUGGGAAGGAGAGCAGGGGGAGCCAUGUGCAGAGCGGGGGCUUUGCUGGCUGACCAGGUCAGAGGACUGUGAGCCACCUGCACGCCCUUGGGCCGGAGCCAAGCAGAGUGACACAGCGGGCUGGGAGGGAACGCCCUUCCACCUGACUGUGGCCUGAGGGUGCCUUCCCUGGGGCCCAGCCGGUUCCGCAGGCCUGAGCGGUGGCUGGCGCAGUGCUGGGGCAAGGCUGGAGGCUGGGUACUUGGCCAGGUCUGAGGCCACGGGAACCGAGGGCUUGGUCCUGCCCAGCUCAGUUAGGAGCAGGGAGCUGAAGUGUGGCCUCUUUGCUGCUGAACUGAGGACUUUUUUUCAGUAGGGAUUAGGCAGGAGGACCAUGUGACGAAUGAGGAAACUGUUUUGUUUUGUUGGAUUUUUUAAGUGUCGGAAGCUGUUUUGACUUAGUUGCUUUUACAACAGCUUUACCAAGUUGCAUCACAAUUGUGUUUUGCUUUGAGUUUUGAGUAUGAAGAGCUUAGGCUUCUAGUGUGGGCGCACAGUCGGGACCAUACCAAUGGGGCGGCCGCGUGUUCGCCAAGCGUGGCCUGGAUGCUGUGGACACACCGGCCAGCUCCCAGCAGGCAGGGGCCCCCUCGCGAGCCACGUGUGUGACCCAGCAGGUGCUGAGCUCAUAGGGGAUGGCAUGAGUGACCCCACGCCUCCCAGUAAUGCCUGCGCAGGGCACAUUCAGGACCCCGCGAGCCAGCGGCUGACGUGGAACAAGUCUCCGAAGAGUGUCCUUGUCAUCAAGAAGAUGAGAGAUGCCAGCCUACUGCAGCCGUUCAAGGAGCUCUGCACGCACCUCAUGGAGGAGAACAAUAUGAUCGUGUAUGUGGAAAAGAAAGUGCUAGAAGACCCUGCCAUCGCCAGCGAUGAAAGCUUUGGGGCAGUGAAGAAGAAAUUCUGUACCUUUCGAGAAGAUUAUGAUGACAUUUCCAAUCAGAUAGACUUCAUCAUCUGCCUGGGGGGAGACGGGACGCUGCUGUACGCUUCCUCACUUUUCCAGGGCAGCGUCCCUCCGGUCAUGGCCUUCCACCUGGGCUCCCUGGGCUUCCUGACCCCAUUCAGCUUUGAGAACUUUCAGUCCCAAGUUACUCAGGUGAUAGAGGGGAACGCAGCUGUUGUUCUCCGGAGCCGGCUGAAGGUCAGGGUGGUGAAGGAGCUCCGGGAGAAGAAGACGGCCGUGCACAACGGGCUGGGUGAGAACGGCUCACGGGCUGCGGGCCUGGACAUGGAUGUCGGGAAGCAGGCCAUGCAGUACCAGGUCCUGAAUGAGGUGGUGAUUGACAGAGGCCCCUCCUCCUACCUGUCCAACGUGGACGUCUACCUGGACGGACACCUUAUCACCACGGUGCAGGGCGACGGAGUGAUCGUGUCCACCCCGACGGGCAGCACGGCGUAUGCGGCCGCGGCCGGGGCCUCCAUGAUCCACCCCAACGUGCCGGCCAUCAUGAUCACGCCCAUCUGCCCCCACUCGCUGUCCUUCCGGCCCAUCGUGGUCCCCGCAGGGGUCGAGCUGAAGAUCAUGCUGUCACCUGAAGCAAGGAACACAGCAUGGGUGUCCUUUGAUGGACGGAAGAGACAAGAGAUCCGCCAUGGAGACAGCAUCAGCAUCACUACCUCAUGCUACCCGCUCCCCUCCAUCUGCGUGCGGGACCCCGUGAGCGACUGGUUUGAGAGCCUCGCCCAGUGCCUGCAUUGGAACGUCCGGAAGAAGCAAGCCCACUUCGAGGAGGAGGAGGAGGAGGAGGAGGAGGGCUAGGUCGAGCCCCUGUCCAGGCCCGAAUCCUUCCGCUGCCCUCCAAGCGCCCUCUGGGGACAGACCAAUCUGUGUGUGUCUGUGACCGCCCCUGUCUCAAUGGCACAGCCACUUCCUUCCUGUAGCUGGGUUAGAGCCUGGGUCUGCCUUUUGUCCAGAUCAGCUGUUUUUUUAACAUUUUAAGUCUGACUUUUUUUGCAUUUCUAAAGAAGCCUGAGAAAUGGGCUGGGAGUGCUUCUGUCCCGCUGACACCCCCGGUGGGUCCCUGGAGCGCAGCCGCCAGCUGCCACAAUUUCCAUGCCAGGAUAUUUUUCCACAAAUCAGUCGGUUGAAAUUCAGAGGAGUCAGAAUGACUCGACCUGUCCUUCAGUGUUGAAAAUAAAUGUCUCAGCCAAAAACCUUCCUUGAGCUGCGAUGCUUUUCCCCUUGGCCUGUGCCUCUUCCCCUAAAACUUCUGCAGGGAAACCCCUGGCGGAGGCGCCGUUGAAAGCAUGGUCUUGCCAGUGGCUGGCAAGGUGGUUUUGUUCUGCUCAGUUUCUGGAGAGGGUUGGAUGCGUCCCCUGCCAUCCACCCUCCCCGCUUGAGGCCAGCACUGAGUCUAGGACCCUCAGCGGGAGGGGGCUGGCAUCGCCAGUGACCCACACAUUCCUCAUGUAGCUUCUGCUCCCAGGAAGGUGGCUUAAAUCCUGUAUAUACUUUUUAGAGAUUCUUUUAAACUUUCUGAAGUGCUUAUGUACAUACUUUCUUGUACACACUUUUGUGAAGAUUUCAAGGGGAAGGGAGUCGUCUGCCAUUAAAUGUUUACAUUUGUGUUCUGCAAGACGCUGUCCUCAGGGACCAUUCGGGGACCAUUCUGUUCACUGCGAUCUUGAUGGUCCGGGAGACGGGGAUUUCCGGGGCUAGUGAUCGUGAUCCCUUUUAUUUUGCAACUGUAAUGAGAACUUUUGACACUAACACAGCGAGGGGCUCAACACGCUGAUUAUUCUCCUGCCUCUCCCGUGAGUCUCCAGCCUGCCCAGCACCAGCAGCUGUGGAGCAUGUGGGUGCUGCGUACCCCUGGGCCUGCGUCUUCCACAGGCACAGGUUUGUGGAGGCCGUGGUCGGAGCCUAGUGUCCUGGUUACUGCUGCCCGGGUGUCUGUUUUUGAGUAACUGCUCUCUGAGUUUUGCACAUGAAGUCGCCCUCAUCUGCUGGAGAUUGAUAGAAAAGGAAGGCACAAGACGUUCUCCUCUGCCCACGAGGAGCUUCCCACAGCCGCCUGGCCCAGCCUGGGCACGUUCUCCGAGGCAUGUGUCUCCCUGCUCACCCUCGUCUGGGCACCUCAGCAUCUGCGGACGUGAGCGUCCAAAAACUCAGAGUGUGAUUCUGGGCAGUGGGCCUGGCUUGAAGUCCGCCAUGACCCUGGGCACAGGGGAAGCCCAGCCGUGAGCUUAGGAGGAGAGAGGGACCAGCGCCCAGCGUUAGGGCCGGAAGACAGCAGUGUUCAGAAUUCCAGCUGCUCAUCUGUACACAAAAGGUGUGAACUGAGCUCUAAAGCGGCAUGAGAUGGGAAUGAUCUAGAAAACUGGAUUUUUGAAGUAAAUUUUAAUGUUUCAUAUUAAUUUCUUGAAAAUUUAUUAAAUGUCAUUGAAAGCCUUAUUACGAUUUCCAGAUCCUUUCAAUAAACAAGACUUGUAGAAAAUAA